AUGCUAACUGUUGCAAUACAUGGAAUUCUUAAUAAAUCGGAAGAUAUAUUUACAUGUCUCAACGAAAAGGAUAAUGAUGCGCUACCAGUCCUGGAUACAAAUUUUAUGUUGCCUUCGAAUUCUAUAUUCUUUAUCGAGGCUACCUGCACUUAUUUAUCCUGGCGUGAAGCAUGUUCUGUGGAGUCAGCAGCUAGAGUGAACCCUGAUACACCAAUUAACCUAUUUUUUACAAAAUCUAUCUCACAAUACAGGUUAAGAAAUAGUAUACUGUCUACAUUGCUGUCACUGCCUAAUGUAAAAGUUGCACGGAUUCAUUUAGAAGAAUAUGCGAAGACAACACCGUUGCAUGGCUCGCUUAAAGAAUCAUUACAUAAUAAAGAACUGAAUAUGGAAAUAAGUGAUAUCUUAAAAUAUCUGACAGUUUUCAAAUAUGGUGGAACGUAUUUGGCUUUGGAUGUACUGGUCACGAACCCCUUUCGAGAAUAUCAAGCCAACUUUGUUGUUAAAGAAACGAAUUUAAAAAUAUCUACAGAUGUUUUUUCCUUUUCGUCGAAUGAUAAUGGACGAAAGUUAGCUAUGUUAGCAUUUGGUAUCCUUCGAAGUCACUUUUUAAUGCCAGAAAAGUAUUUUAGUGACAAUGCUAUAAUGGACAAGGUUUUGGCUCUAUGGUGUGGCACUACAGACCCGUUCAAUUUUGUCGCAGCUAACUGUAACGGUUUGCAGAUCAUUGGGCCAAACCAUCUAGUUCCCAUGUCUAUUCUUAAAAACCUUUUUUCAUCAGAAAAAGAAAUCAAACAAUGGCGGAGCCAUAAAAUUUACGCAUAUGAUGCUUGGAGCAGUUAUGAGAACGACUUUAGCAAAUCACUUUCAGAUAAAAUUGCUGUAGAUUACUGUCCAUUGGUUAAUCUAUAUUAUGGUAAUAAAAUAAGUUCAUGA